GGCCCACCGGCUGGCUUGGCGGGGCGCGCCCGAAGGCCGGGCCCGCGAGCACCAUGGCGGCCGCCCUGGGAGCGGGCGGAGGAGCCGGCGCAGGAGAUGAUGACUUUGACCAGUUUGAUAAGCCUGGUGCAGAGCGAUCUUGGAGAAGAAGAGCUGCAGAUGAGGACUGGGACAGCGAACUUGAAGAUGACUUACUUGGAGAAGAUUUGCUGUCUGGCAAAAAGAAUCAGUCGGAUUUGUCAGAUGAAGAGCUGAAUGAUGAUCUUUUACAGAGUGAUAAUGAGGAUGAAGAAAAUUUCAGUUCUCAGGGUGUCACGAUUAGUUUAAAUACUACAUCUGGCAUGGUCACAUCAUUUGAACUCUCUGACAACACUAAUGACCAAUCUGGAGAACAGGAAUCUGAGUAUGAACAAGGAGAGGAUGAACUUGUUUAUCACAAGUCCGAUGGAUCUGAAUUAUAUGCUCACGAGUACCCAGAAGAAGGACAGUAUGAAGGCCAUGAUGCUGAGCUGACGGAAGACCACAUGGAGUAUGUGGAAGAGCCAGAGGAGGAGCAGUUGUACAAUGAUGAAGUGUUAGACAUCGAGAUCAAUGAGCCUUUAGAUGAAUUCACAGAUGAAGAAUACUUGCAGGCUUGUGGGCAGCAAGGGCUGCAAGAGCAGGAAGACUGUGUUGCUGAAGGUGAAUUAGAUGACCUCCAGGUUGCUCCUGAAACUGAAGAGGGCAGUAUGGAAACUUUGGAACUACAGAAGGACAUAAAAGAAGAAUCAGAUGAAGAAGAUGAUGAUGAUGAAGAAUCUGGACGAUUACGUUUCAAAACUGAGAGGAAAGAAGGAACAAUUAUUAGGCUCUCAGAUGUAACUAGAGAGAGAAGGAACAUUCCAGAAACUUUGGAGCUUUCAGCAGAAGCCAAAGCUGCGUUGCUUGAAUUUGAAGAGCGAGAACGACAGCAUAAGCAGGGGCGCUAUGGUUCGAGGCGGGGAGGAAGGAGAGGAGGCUCGGUAGUGUGUCGUGGAAUGGGAGACCAGAGGAGAGACAGUGGCGAGCGUGCAAGAAUGAAAGAUCACAGACCUGCUCUGCUCCCGACACAGCCUCCUGGCGUGACGCACUCUCCAAGAUUAAUUCCUCCUCCGCAGCCUCAGCCACCACCUCCACCGCCGCCACCGCCUCCGCAGCAGCAGCCUAUCAGAAGUCUGUUCCAGCAGCAGCAACUGCAGCCUCUGCUCCCCCUGCAGCACCCGCACCACGCCUCCCCUCCUCAGGGAGUGCACAUGCCCCCUCAGAUAGAGGCCCCGAGGGUGAUGAUGACCCCUCCCCCUGUGACCCCACAGCAGCCCAAGAACAUACACAUAAACCCCCACUUCAAAGGGGCAGUGGUCACGCCCGUCCAAGUGCCCUUGCUGCCGGUCCCGAGCCAGCCCAGGCCUGCUGUGGGGCCCCAGAGAUUCCCAGGCCCUCCAGAGUUCCCGCAGCAUACACCUGGGCCUGUCCCCAGUAAUUUCAGCCAGCCCCCACGACUCCCUCUCCAGGACCAGUGGAGAGCCCCACCCCCGCCACAGGAGCGAGACCCUUUCUUUUUAGGAGUUUCAGGUGAACCGAGGUUCCCAAGCCAUCUCUUUCUAGAACAGAGAAGCCCCCCUCCGCCGCCACCACCCCCCACACUUCUUAGCAGCACCCACCCAGUGCCCACUCCUAGUCCCUUACCGUUCACUCAGCCUGGACCAGCAUUUAAUCAGCAGGGACAGCAGCCUGUGUUCCCCAGGGAGAGGCCCGUCAGGCCCACCCUCCAGCCGCCGGGUCCAGUGGGGAUCCUGCACUUCAGCCAGCCUGGCUCAGCGGCCACGCGGCCUUUCAUCCCUCCUCGGCAGCCCUUCCUGCCUGGCCCGGGCCAGCCCUUUCUGCCCACGCAUGCACAGCCUAACCUGCAGGGGCCCCUGCAUCCUCCACUGCCUCCUCCGCACCAGCCACAGCCACAGCCACAGCAGCAGCCUCCCCUGCAGCCACAGCACCAGCCCCCGCUGCAGCCACCCCCACAGCACCAGCCACCUCCACAGCCGCCACACCAGCCACAGCACCACCACCACCUGUCUGUGCCGCCCCCACCACUCAUGCCCAUGUCGUCGCAGCCGCAGUUCAGGCCUCAUGUUCAGGCGGCCCAGCCUCCACCCAGCAGUGGCCGGAUGCAGUGCCCCCAGCGCCAGGGGCUGAGGCAUAAUACAACUUCUCAGAAUGUAACCAAACGGCCAAUGCAGCAAAUGCAGCCAACUGCUCCAAGAAACAGUAAUCUGCGCGAGUUGCCAAUAGCGCCGUCGCACGUCAUGGAGAUGAGUAGCAGCCGCUGUUCGUCCACGCCUGCAGCUCCAGUAAAGCCUCUCGCCAGCACGUCACCGCCCACGAGGCCAGGAGGUGGGCCCCGGAGCGCACAGGGCAAGACUGAAGCCAAAGUCAAGCCAGUCAGCCCUGUGGUUCAACCCAAAGAGGAAGCAAAAACAGAACCAGAGUUUCCCGAUGAAGACGAAGAGACGAGGUUGUAUCGUUUGAAGAUAGAAGAACAGAAGCGCCUCCGAGAAGAGAUCCUCAAGCAGAAGGAGCUGCGCCGGCAGCAGCAGGCAGGUGCCAGGAAGAAAGAGCUGCUUGAGAGGCUGGCCCAGCAGCAGCAGCUCCACCUGCCCCCCACCGCGGCAGAGCAGGAGCAGCAGGCGGCUUCACCGUUGCCCACCAAUGGAAACCCACUGUUACCCUUCCCAGGUGCACAGGUCAGACAAAAUGUGAAAAACAGACUUCUCGUGAAAAACCAAGAUGUCACUGUUUCAAAUGUUCAGCCCAAAACAUCAAAUUUUGUGCCAUCUGGUGCUAACAUGCAGUAUCAAGGACAACAGAUGAAACCAUUGAAACAUUUGAGACAGGCCAGAACCGUACCUCAGAGUCCAGCUCAGCACAAGGUCCUGCAGGUAAAACCUGCGGACGGGGAGGGGCCGCCACCCCCCUCACAGACCGCUCGAGUGGCGUCCCUGCAGGGCCGGCCCCCGGACGCCAAGCCCGGCGCGAAAAGGACUGUCAUGCACCGGGCAAACAGCGGCGGCGGAGAUGGGCCGCACGUCAGCUCCAAGGUCAGGGUGAUUAAGUUGUCAGGCGGGCAGGGAGGAGAGAGCGACGGCUUUUUUCACCCUGAGGGCCAGCCCCAGCGGCUCCCGCAGCCCCCAGAAGUGAGACAGCAGCCCGCCCGCAAGGUGACGCUGACCAAGGGGGCUCUUCAGCAGCCCCAGCACCCGCCGGUGGGCUCCCACGUGCACUCGGCCGGCCCCCCAGGCAUCAAGAGCAUCCAGGGAGUUCAUCCGGCCAAGAAGGUCAUCAUGCACGGGAGAGGACGAGGGGUGGCAGGACCGAUGGGCCGGGGGCGCCUGAUGCCGAACAAGCAGAACCUCCGCGUGGUGGAGUGUAAGCCUCAGCCCUGUGUCGUGUCUGUUGAAGGGCUUUCUUCGUCCACUACUGAUGUCCAGCUGAAGAACCUACUCAUGUCAGUAGGCCCCAUUCAGAGUUUACAGAUGCUUCCCCAGCAACGGAAAGCCAUAGCUAAGUUCAAGGAACCAGCUCAUGCAUUAGCGUUUCAACAGAAAUUCCACAGGCACAUGAUAGAUUUGUCCCACAUAAACGUGGCCCUGAUCGUUGAGUGAUUUCUAGCAGGAGACGCUGACCUGACACUGUACACACGCUGUGGCAUUUCUUCAGGAAGCUGCAGCGCACAAUCCCCGCGAGCGCAGGCCUCUCCGCCCUCAGUCUUGCGUAACUGUUGUCCGGAGUGCCGGAUGGUCCGGCGCUGAUUCCAGCAGAGCUGAACUUGGGGACAUGGCGGACUGGGGUUUGCUGUUAGACUGCUUCACGUUCUGUUGUCACCACCGACAACUACAGUUUUCGUUUGCUUUUGUUUUCGAAGUGCUCACAAUGCAUGUAGACAUUGUUCUUCGUGAUCGUACUGUGGGAUCGAUCACAGUGACUUAGAGUCAGGAAGGAACAUUAACGUCACAAAUUCUAAGUAGUUUCUCACAGCAAAGAAUACUUGAUAAUGGUUGCACUUAUCUUCAGUGCAGGCUAGACAAGUGUUUACCCAACCAAGCGUACCUUGCGCUGUCUUCUCAGAAAGCCCUCAAAAGGCUCUUGGAAAAACCUAGAUUCAAAUGUGGGUGAUGAUGAUUGACAGUUGUAUAUCCUGGGAAGCAGGGUAUGAGGGUGGUUGGGAAUGGUGCCAAUUGUGUGGCAGAUUCUGCUUCUUGUGAAUACUCCGAAAGCACCGACUGUGUAUUCCCAGUUCCAGAGGGGCCUCCCCACCCCUUUACACCCUCCCCGAAGAAGGCAGCAGUCUUGGUAGACCCUGUCCCGCCUCUCUGGGCCUUCUGGCAUCCCCUGCCUGUGGGCUGCCCCGCGGAUCUGCCAUGGAGGUGGAUGGGUGGCCUGAGGCUCACAGACCUGUGUGGGGUGGUUUUCCUCUUUUAAAUGCAGCCCAGAGGGGCGUAUUUGUGUCCCUGGCUCGGUGACCUGUGACAUUCUUUGGGAACCUGCUAUCAUUGCUUUGAUUAACUUCUUGUGUUUGAAGGCCCUUUGAGCAGGGCUGUGCUAUCCUUCUGCAGACUAGGAGCAGGCCACCCUCAUGGAGUGUGUGUGUGAGGGAUGGCUGCCUCAUCGGGGCCACGAAGCCCAACGCCAACCCGAAAUGUGUCCGUAUCGCCACGAACCCACUUGAGGAGUUCUGGGUAGGUUCCCUUAGGCGAGACCCUUAUUCCCCAUAAAGCAGCCUUUCUUUAGUAAAAUUCGUUCUGGGCAAAUGUUUGAAAAGUGCCUUAUUGUAUUUCUGCUCAUGAAGGAGAUUCACUGUUCCGGAUUUAUUCUAAUGUGGACCUGAACUAUUUGAGCAAGUAUUAGAUACUAGGGCAUACUCAGACUUUUUAGCUGUAUUUUAUACCUAAGAUUUCAUGUCAGGUUUAUUAGUAGAAUUAGAAGAGAUUCUGGUUAGCUGAGCGUAGACCUGCUGUAGCCCCCGUGGCCAGGCGUCUUCCUGCCUCUCCGCCUUCUGGUGGGGGCUGUGUCAGCUGGUUUCCACAGUGACAUUUUAUAUUCUUUCAGUUUAAGUUACCCGAGCUGGGGAGAGUGUCCAGGCCUGGUGAGGCUUGACUGCAGCGUUGAUUCUGAAAUGGCAUCCUGUGGAAAGAGUGAGCCUGGAAAAUGAAGGUGGUUGUUGGUGGCUACUUUUCAGAAGAUUUUGGUGCCAGGAAACAAAUGGGCACUUGUAGGGUCCACUAGAAUAGACUCUGGCUAUGGUGCCUGGCCUCCCAGGUUCCCGAAGGCCCCUGAUGGAGCUGUGGAAGGUGGUGUGUGUGGGCCUGCCUCGGUGCUCCAGUGGAGGGGUUCCCGUAGUGCUGUGUACCCGCCCUCAGCUGGUUGACAUGGGCUGUCUUGUCCACUGUGGUCACAAGUAGUAAUGGGUGUGUUUAUGUAUUGAAAAAGCAUAGAUGAUUUGGUUCGGUCCCCAGAGAGCUGUGUUGAAGUAACAUACUUGCUAGCCUGGAAGCUCUUGGUAAGAGAGCUGCAGACAACCUUCCCACGCUGGGCAAUGGGCAGGCUUUCAGUUGAUGGACUUCCUGUAUCACCGAGGACCAAUUGAUGCCAUAAAAUGGGAUAGUCUGAGUGUGCUGUGGUCUUGAACCCGAAAAGCACCUUGUCUCUGGAAAGUAGGCACAGAAACACUGUUUUUCUAGUUAGUAAUGAUAAACUAAGCCGUCCUGCGUGGCGUGGGCGCCACUGUUGAACACAGACCUUGUGGCUACUGUAAGAUCUGCUUUUGUCAUUGUCUGAGUAGGACACGCGUGUCCGGGACGUGUGUGUCUCUAACUGCACACACGGAAUCUUUCUCUUGCUGUGAUUCUUGAAAGCCUUGGGCCAGGCAGUUAGAAGGCCCCGCUCCCAGUCUGUGUGCCGUCGGGAACGGCCCCCUGUCAGGCUCCCCGUUCCCCUGGCCCAGGAGCAGAGGCUUAGGUUUCCUUGAAGGGGACUGCGGAAAAGGAAAGAAGCAGAAUUAGGAAGUAACGUUAUUUCCAAGGUCGAUACACUUUCCGCAGUGACAUCAGACCACCGACAGCUGAACCCUCUUGGAAGAUCUGUUGCAACCAUUAUCUUUGUUCUUUAUUUAUCAUGCAUUUAAAAUGAGAUGCAGAAGCAUUUAACAUACUAUGUAAAUAUGGACCUUUUAAAUUUAAAAUGUUAUUGGAGAUGCUUUCAAUUCAGCAACAAUCUUAGCUCUUUGUUAGUUCUUUUGUGUUGUCUUAUCAAAGUUUCAUGGAUACAGUUCCAUAACUGUUGAUGUGUUUGUGUGUAUAUUCGAUUUUUAUAAAGAUGGUAGUAAGUCAAUACA